AUGAGCACCACAGGCAACAUUGCGAUUACUGGGAUUCCUACCACGGCCGGUCCAGAUGGAUCGUUCCCCCUUCGCCGAGAGCUCCGGGACCUCCAGCGCAACUAUCCUGACCACUUCAACCUCCUCGUCCUUGCGCUGAAGGACUUCCAAGCCCUCAACGAGUCAGUCCAGACAUCCUACUACCAGAUCGCUGGUAUCCAUGGUCUGCCCUACAAGCCUUGGAACAACGUCGGCAGCAACAGUGACUGGCAGUCGACAAGCGGGUUCGGGGGGUACUGCACCCAUUCCUCGAUUCUCUUCUUAACAUGGCACCGUCCGUACCUUGCUCUCUUCGAGCAGGCUCUGUACAACUCCAUCCAGAAGAUUGCCAACCAGUUUCCUCAAGGCCCCCUCCGAACCAAGUAUGUCGAGGCGGCCAAGACAUUCCGCAUGCCUUACUUCGACUGGGCUAGCCAGCCACCUUCUGGGUCUUCAGCUUUCCCCAGUGCUUUUACGGCCCCGAGCCUCCAAGUGGUUGAUGUGGAUGGCAAGACCAAGUCCACUGCCAACCCGAUCUACCGCUUCGUGUUCCACCCGGUGAACCCCUCGCCGGGCGACUUUCCUAGACAGUGGAGCCGGUUUCCCACAACUGUCCGCUACCCCAACCCGAGAACUGGGCAGUCUCAGGAUAACCGCGUGGCACCCAUCCUGGCCAACGAGCUGGCUUCUCUUCGCACCAACGUCAGCCUUCUUCUGCUGUCUUACACCAACUUUGACGCCUUCAGCUUCAACAGAUGGGACCCGAACAUGACCCCUGGCGAGUUCGGCAGUCUUGAGGACGUACAUAACGAGAUCCACGAUCGAACUGGAGGGGGCGGGCACAUGUCUUCUUUGGAUGUGUCAUCGUUUGAUCCCCUGUUCUGGUUCCAUCAUACCAACGUCGACCGUCUCUGGGCCAUCUGGCAAGACCUCAACCCCGACAACUUCUUGACCCCCCGUCCAGCCCCUUACUCGACCUUUAACUCGACGGAAGGCGAGUCCCAGACCAAGGACACCCCCCUGACCCCCUUCUGGGACAAGUCAGCUACCAAGUUCUGGACCUCAGAGGAGAUCAAGGAUACCACGACCACCUUCGGCUACGCCUACCCCGAGACUCAAGAGUGGAAGUACAGGACCGGCUCCGAGUACCAAACCUCCAUCCGACAGGCAGUCACAACCCUCUACGGCACCAACGUCUUUGCCAACUUCGCCGCUGCCAACGUCCAGGCCAGAGCCACCGAGCACACAGAGCUGAUCAAGAGCCUGUCCCUCGCCGCUCCUCCCCCUUCGGCUCCUAUCACAGCAGAGAAACCCCUCCUCAUCACCCAAGAGAUGAAGGCCAGCCCCAUCCCCGAACAUCUCCAACACCUCGCCCCGAACAACAAGUACCCCGAAUGGGUGGUCAACAUCCGCGCCCAGAAACACGGCCUCCACGGUGCCUUCCGCGUCAUCGUCUUCCUCGGCCCCAUUGACGAGUCCGACCCUGACUCUUGGCAGACAGAGUUCAACACUGUCGGCCGUGUCUCUGUCCUUGGGCGCUCCACUCAAGGACCGACAACCACCAAGUGCGCCAAGUGCAUCACUGAUGCGGCAGAUGAGCUGAUGAUCUCUGGGACGGUGCCUUUGACUUCGGCCCUGUUGCAGGAUAUUGUCAAUGAGAAUACUGGCUUGCAUAGCCUGCAGCCAGAGGAAGUGGUGCCGUAUUUGAAGAAGGAGCUCAAGUGGAAGGUGACGAUGUUUGAGACUGGGGCGGAGAAGGAUUGUGGGGAGGUUCCGGGGUUGAGGGUGAGUGUCACUAGCACUGAGGUUACUAUUGGGGAGGAUGGGCUGCCGGAUUAUUCGGGGGUGUAUACCGUGUAUCCGGAGAUCACGGAUGGAAAGCCGGGUGGUAUGAGAGACGGUGAGCACAUCUAA